UUGAUACACGUACUCGUAGUUGGUUAUGACUGAGGGUUAUGAUAUUGUUUUGAUGUCAUUUCAUUGAGUACCAUAAGAAAUAUUUAUAAUGGGUCUUUGUAAAUGUUCCAAAAAGAAAGUGACAAAUUUAUUUUGUUUUGAGCACAGAGUAAACGUGUGUGAGCACUGUUUAGUCAACAAUCAUAAGAGCUGUGUGGUUCAGUCCUACCUACAAUGGCUACAAGACAGUGACUACAACCCAAACUGUGUGCUGUGUGGUCAAACGAUGCAAGGGGAAGAUGUGAUCAGGCUAUUAUGUCUUGACGUGUUCCACUGGGGGUGUCUGAACAAAUACGCGAAACAGUUUCCGGCGAACACGGCUCCGGCGGGUUAUCAGUGCCCUAGCUGCACGCAGUGCAUCUUUCCACCAAGCAACCAGGCGUCGCCAAUAGCCGACCAGCUUCGUAACAUGCUGUCGCAGGUGAACUGGUCACGAGUGGGCCUCGGAUUACCACUGAUCGACGAACCUCAGGAGCAGCGGCUGGCGGCGAAGGCCGACCUGCAACCUCCCACGCAGACGUCGUCAGCGGCGGUGGCGGGGACGGCAUCAGUGGCAGACCUACACCCGUCGUCAGACUCCUACGCAUUUCAUCAGGAUCACAGCAGCGUCGUCGACGUCGGCGACGCGACCGGUUCUCACGAUCGCACCGAACAUCGGCCGCUGCUCGCCGCGAAUUCGUCACCAAGGAGAGUGUUUGACUCCACGUCCGGCCACGAAACCAUGGCAACGGGCUCACUGUUUGACGUCGAUGACAACAAGUACAAAAGAAGAAGCGCGAUGGAGUUGUUUGGAAGAUGGUUCAAGUCUCGUUCGACGUCGAGACGAAACGUCCGGGACCCGAACGCCAUGUACAAGAAGUUUGCGUUCAUUGUCGUCGCGGCGAUGGUGGGGCUGCUAACGCUGCUGCUCGUCAUGAACAGGCUGGGCCGGUCGGGGGACAACGACGAUCCGCUGCUCGACCCGAUGGCUAAUCCAAACAUCAGGGUGGCCGACGUCGUACCCAACUAGCUGCCUGCAUGCGGAUCUCUACUCGGCAGCACGACUUGGUCAUCUGUUCGUGGCCGUGUUGCCAGACGCUGGACAUGACCGGUCAUUCUUUGGAACCUAUACUACCAAACUCUGGGCACGACUGGUCAUCCGUUGGAGGCCCUACUAGCAGCCUUUGCGGGUCUACUGGUCAUCU